AUGGCACGCAGCUUGGAUCAACUUCCACCGGAAAUUUUGAUGACAAUAUUGGACAAGAUGCAUAUAUUAGAGCUCUCGACCGUAAUCCGGGUCAACCGACGGUUUUUCAAUCUCAGCAUUCCACGCAUCUGGCAGGCGCAGAAUGAGUUCUAUCUCGCCAGAGUCCCAAAGGAUCGGCGCAGGGUGUACAUUCCUCUGAUCCAGCAACUUGACCUGGACGGAUCCCCCAAAGACCUUUACGAGGAGUUUAAAGACUCAGUGUUCCAUAAUGUAAAAGAGCUCUCGGUCACGUUGGAGGAGGAUUACGAGCCUGUCGCCGACUGCCGGUAUCUGACACACUUCAUCAACCCUGGUCUUCAACUGCUGCACUUGGACGGGAGCAUUUCGGCCGACUUCCUUCUUGACGUGCAAAACCGAUGUCCUAAGCUGCGGAGGGUCAGUCUCUGGCGCUGCGGUCCUGGCGUCGCGCCGACCGUUUUGCUCACGUUUUUGAGGGGUCUCCCCUAUUUGGAGAGCCUGCGCCUCAAUGAACUGGAGGAUCACAUGAUGGCAGAUUCCAAAGUCAUUGAGUUUCUAGCUGCGUCUUCAACGCUCGAGCAGUUGACUUUGGAACAAAUUACCUCCGAGUUGUUAUGGGAUGCGCUGUCAGUUGAAUCACCCUUUCCACAGUUAAACAGAUUAGACAUUGAGAUCAGCCAAGACGCAGUCCCGUCGAUGGCCAAGCUUUUCGGCUCUGUCUUUCAGCUCAGCGUGACGCUGAGAUCAACAGAGGACUGGGAUACACGGGAAACAGAAGUCAGCAUACGACCUUUUUCAAAACUGGCGGAACUGCGAAUCCUCGAGAUCUCUUUCCAUGGCGAUAUUGUCAUUGUACCGGAAGACCUCGUAUCUCUGAGGAGUCUCAGCAAUCUGACGAGUUUAAGACUACAUGGAUUACGCAAGCCUCGCUGGGGAGCCUCUGAGUUCGGUGAUGAUGACUUUCACCGUCUGGUUAGUGGCCUACCGGAUCUGGACACCCUGUCCCUUGAGGCCUUGCCUAGUACAGUCACAUCAGCUUCCCUGGCAGCGUUAGCGAAAUGCUGUCCACGACUCGAAUCCUGUUUUCUCGGUGGGGAGUUUUAUGUACUAGACCUCCAGGAUUACAAAGCGCCUUUGUUUCCAAGGCUUGGGUCGCUCCUUGUUAAAUGCUUCGUAGAUCUCGAUGAGCAUGUUGGUGAUCCUGUCGAACUGAUUGAAAGGCGGGCGCACGAGCAUGCCCAGCUGCUCGAAAAACACUUCCCCAAGGCAAACAUCCACGAUUUGCAAGGUAGUUGGUCUUUUAACCAGGCGUCAUUCAGUGCUAAGGUGAUACGGUUAUUAAGACCCAAAAAUGAGCGUGAUUUUGGACCUGGUUCUUGA